AUGCCCGACGACAGGGACCUUCUUCCGGAUCAGCGGAUCCUCUCCGAGAUCUUCCCCGAUGUCCCCGACAUUACGACUGAUCUCUGUACGGUCCUUUCCAACACGUUUGAUACCUGCACGUUCCGACUCAAGCUUGCCACCGAACCACGACCGGGAUUCUCCGCAGACCUGAUCAUUCGGCUGGAGACUUCCGGAAGUCAUCUCCCGGCCGUAGUCAAGUUGCAACGUCUGGCGCAGCUUCAGAUUCCGCAUCUCGUCCCCGCAACGCUGGCCGUGGGGUCCGUCACCAACGGGCGUGGCAGACAGGUAGAUUACUGCGUCACACCCUUCAUAGCUGGGACUACUGUGCUCGAAGAAGUCUGGAUGGGGCUUGAUGGGAGCAACCAACGGUCUUUGAUGGAAGCCCUAGUCGCUGCAAUGGGGCAGUUCAACAAGGUUUCAAUCCAGAACCCCGAGGUCCAGCAGAUCAUCCAGCAGUAUUACAAGAAACACCCGGAAUCUCAACUCUUGGGCAAAGCUUCUCUCGGCAGUCUGCACACCGGCUUUUACUCCAACAUCAAGCAGCUCUUGGAAGAGGUGCUUGAAAAGAGAGCGAUUAAGUCGAAGGAGUGCGAUAUUCUCGACACAAACAACGGGAUUGUCGUGCGGUCAGCCAUCGAUGGAAUUGGCGAGAUUGGGCUCAGCCAGUCCGACCUCGACUAUCUCAUGGACCAUAUAUUUUUCUGUCACAAUGACCUAGAGCCCCGCAAUAUCCUCGUCAAGCAGGUUGGCGAGAGCGGCAUGUAUGAACUAGCUGCAAUCCUCGACUGGGAGAUAGCCGGCUUCUUCCCUCUUGUCUACGAAUCCUGGUUCAAGGACACGCAGGCUGGCUCGUCCAGCCAGUGGUUCAGCUGGUACUCGUUGUAUAAAGAGUACACCGCCAAGUUCGUUCAAGAAGAGAGCCAUGAGAAGCUGGCUAAGGCGUUGGCGAUUAUCACAGAGUCUCAGGAAUCAUCGAGACCGAAAGCAGUGAGCGAUCGAAUUCGGGUGAAAUGGAUCAAGCGAGAGCGACUCACGAUGUCGUGCGACCCGCGGCAGGGUUGGGUCCGAGAGGAGGGUGCCGGCCACGUCCCCGUGUUCACGAAGGAGGACAACGACAACCUAGAAGCUGGAGGUCCUCAAGGAGCUGGGGUAUAUUUAGUUUACAUUCAAUGGAUCAGUCCUUUGCGUGACGUAUGCGAAAUGAAAAGUUCUGACUUGCCUGAUUAUAUUCCAUGCCCCUGA